AUGGGCAGUGGUUUGAAUGCACGACAAUUCCGUGGAUAUUUUGUGUUCUUCCUGUUCUUCAAAACUGAAUUGAUUGGGAACUCAAGGCUGAUUCAUUUGCAUAGUUUUUCAAAUUUUGACAUAGGGUACUUUGUUCUUGUACACUCCAUAUUUUCAUCGAUGGCAGCCAACUUGAACAACCCCAAGUUCACUGUCCCAGUAAAUGAUGUCGAGCAACAAACAACUCUCCAGCUCGAACACAAAGAUGAUGACUUCGACUACUCGAAACGAUCGCAAUGGCUUAGAGCCGCCGUUUUAGGCGCCACCGACGGCCUCGUCUCCACCGCAUCGUUAAUGAUGGGUGUUGGGGCCGUGAAACAUGACAUUAAGGCCAUGAUACUGACCGGCUUCGCCGGUUUAGUCGCCGGCGCCUGCAGCAUGGCGAUAGGCGAAUUUGUCUCCGUUUACUCACAAUUAGACAUAGAGUUGGCUCAGAUAAAGAGAGACAACGAGAGAGAAAAUCACCAGAAUGGAGUACUCCAUACACAACAAGAAGUUGAUCAUGAAGACAAAGAGAGUUUGCCAAACCCUUUACAGGCGGCUGCAGCCUCAGCUCUCGCGUUUUCUUUAGGCGCAAUGGUGCCGUUGUUGGCUGCAGCAUUUAUAAGAGAUUACAACGUGAGGCUCGGCUUGGUGGUUGCGGCAGUGAGCGUGGCACUGGCGUUGUUCGGGUGGCUAGGGGCGGUUCUAGGAAAGGCGUCGGUGGUUCGGUCUUCGGCUAGGGUUUUGAUUGGAGGGUGGCUAGCCAUGGCUAUAACCUUUGGGUUAACCAAGUUGAUUGGCUCACAUGGGCUGUGAAUCAAUCUCCUCUCAGUUUAAUCUUUAUGUUUGUUUUUUUCUUUUUCGUUUUUUCCUCACACUGUAUGUUGUCGUAAGACUAGUUUCUUUUUCUCUUUUUUCCUCUGAUCUGUUAGUUGCAAAAUUGGAGGGAUUUAUUUGUGAGUAUAUAUA